AUGUCGUGGGCCCAGCUUGGAGGAAUCUCCCAGAACAGAGUCCGAUGGCGAGAGUUGUGUUUGCGUCCCUAUGCUCGACAAGGGGUCCACAUGAAUGAUAAUGAUGAAGAUGGCUACUGGCUGGUGCCAGCCAACACGACUGUCAGGAACGAGCAGAUCUACUCUGUGGGCGGGAACUUUUGUGACACCAGGGCCAACGUCACGCUUCAGCCAAACGGUGACCUGACACCUUGUGACAAAUACGCCUGUGUUGGUCACAGCAUUAACGUUGGAAACAACACAGACAGUACGAGUCUACCUCGUUAUAAAUCGUGUAAAGACAUCACAGACAAGACCAGCCCGAGGAUGUUGAUCCGACUGCUCAACGGUCUGGUCGUCAUGUGUGACACGGAGAGUGAUGGGGGAGGCUGGAUUAUAUUACAAAGACGGAUAACCGGAGCUCUAGAUUUUUAUCGCACAUGGGCAGAGUUCAAGAACGGGUUUGGGGACUACGAACUGGGCGAGUUUUACCUCGGAAAUGAAAACAUCCACUGCCUGACCAACGUCACAAGAUACGACAUGAGAGUGGACGUCAAAUAUAACGGGCAAAACUACACCUUCAACUUCGCCGACUUUAAAGUGGAAAGUGAGCUCAACUGUUAUAAACUGAGAAUUUCAUCAGCAAGUCCAGUCAUAUAUUUUGCACACAGCAAUGCCAAUUUCACCACAUACGAUAAUGAUCACGAUCCGUUUCCUACUGGGAAUGCAGCCAAGAUUUGGAAAACUGCCGGCUGGAUGUGUUUUUCUUGCAAGGAUGGGUUUAUGCUUAACCUUAACGGUGCAUGGAGUGGCACUGGUUCCUAUGGCAUUCUGGCGAGGUCGCUCUCUAACACUACUAGCGUAAGCUUUGGUGAGAUGAAAAUAAGAGAGGUGUAG